UUCAAGUUUUACCCCUUUUUAAAACCUACUAAAUUAAAAAAUCCCCGUUAUCAAUGUUUAAAUCUCCGUUCAUUUGCUUCCCUUGAGUGUAGAGUGUUUUUUUCUUGUAGGGUGUUUUUGUUGGCCCACCCAAUUUCGACAAAUCAUAUGUCGUUCCCAAAUCGAGCGAAAAGUAAAAACAUAACUGAAUUUUAUUCUCUAAUAAUUUUUUGUUUUAGAUCGCUCGCUAGGCCGGUUCCUCCUUUUGCUGCGGGUGUCGCUGUUCCAAUGUCAACUGCUGAUGUCAAAUACGCGGCGAAAGUGGACAUGACCAAAAGCAGAGACCUUGUCAACCCUAAGGAGAAGCUGACUGAGUUCUAUGCAGGACCGUGCACACCGAGUGAAGCUGAGCGUCAAUGUAAAGCUGCUGGCAUGUUCCGUCUCUACCAUCGAAUUGUGGUUGUCGAUGAGGAUCAGCUGCAAAGUGUUCUGCCGCUGUUCAUUGUCUACAAAAAUCUGAAGGGAAAUACUGGUAAAAGGGGGGAUUGA